AUGAGCUGCCGCCGAAAAAUUGAUUCGUUUUUUGGACCAAGUUCAUAUGCAACAAAGGCAGAGACAGAAACCACAACAAAUAAGAAACUUAAAGUCGAUAAUGUAACAGAAAAUGAAGAUUGGGAAAUACAAAAUGAUUGUCAACAGUUAAACGAUCUACAAGAAAUAAAAAACCUUGAUCCAGAACACUUAUACCAAAAACAGGUAACUGAGAUUCAAAUAGAAAACGUUUCUAAAAUAGGACCUAGUGAUAAAACACAUAUACUUAGUGAUCAACCAAUACAAUCAAUUUUGAAAAAUUACCCGCAAUCCAAGCUUGGAAAAGAAUGGAGACCAUUCCGUCCCGAAUGGUUUAAAUCAUAUCCUUGGCUUGAAUACAGUGCAUUAGAUAAUGCUCCUUGUCAAAAUAUUGCCCAACGUGGUGACGAUGAAGGGGCAGAAAGCCUUAACAGGGGAAAUUUUUUAGAACUUCUAGAACUUUGUGCUAGGAGAGACACAAAAUUUAAAGCUAAAAUUGAUGUUUUACCAAAAAAUGCAAAAUAUACUCAUCAUACUAUUCAAAAUGAUUUAUUUUAUGUAAUGAGUAAAUUAGUGUUAGAAACUAUUGCAAAAGAAGUUAAAGAAGCCAAAUAUUUUGCUAUUCUUGCAGAUGAGGCAAAAUUCAUCAGCAAAACUGAGCAGUUAUCUGUUAUGGUUCGUUAA